AUGGAUAAGACUGCUUUUCGAACAGUUUUACUUCAUGAGUUCAAACUUGGUCGAACGGCAACGGAGGCAACCACAAAUGUGAACAUGGCUUGGGAGAAGACACUGCAUCGGAAAGAACGGCUCCUCGCUGGUUUCAAAAGAAGAAAUGAAGACGAUUCGCUGGAAGACAAAGAGCGAACUGGGCGACCAUCGCUAGUUGGAAGCACU